AUGCAAUCGUUCUUCGAGUUGAGAAAGAUAGUGAUAGAGAUGGCAGAGGAUACAUUGUGCGAGAUACAUCACAAGAAGCACAAGUUGAUAUGUAUUGAUUGUAACACUAUUAUAUGUUCUACAAUGACAGAGUCAUGCAAGAAUGUCAGUGAUCAAUUCAAACAACUUCAUGACAUGCUUGUGAUUGAGGAGCACAGGAUCACAUCAAUACUCAAUGACAAGAUUCAGCAAACAUCAUCAACCAUUCAUGACAUCAUCAAUCAGAUCAAGAACAUCAAUACUAUAUUCAAACCAUCAUCAACAACAUGCAAGUUCAAUGAUGAUGAUAGCAUCAACGAUGAUGAGAUCAUUCAAUCAAUCACAACAUGUUCAUCACUCGAUCAUUUCACCGAUCAAACAUUCCCAACUACAACAUCAAUGCCAUCAGAGACAGACUCGGUGACGAUCAAUAUCACAGACAUUGAGUUGCUGAGAUUGGUACAACGGAAUAUCAAUCAAAUCAAUAGUGCACCUCACAUAAUGACGAAGCCUGUGACUGUGGACAUUGACACCAAAACAUUGGAUUCAAUCAAGGAACAGCUUAGAUCAUGCUUCCAACUGUUGGAGGUCACCGAGAAGUACACUCAUGACAUAGAUGGACAGGUCAUGUCAAUAGACAUUGAAUGCUAUACAUUGUACUCACCAAUAACAAAUACAUGGACAAAGGUACAAAAUGGCGUUGUAUUUGAAUACAGUUCCACCGCAGUGUACGCCCGUGGCAAUGUAUAUCUGUUUGGAGGACAGGGCAGCGAACCCACAUACUCGCGUUACUCUCUCGCCGAUCGACAAUGGCAUCAUAACCUACCGAUGGUUGGAGAGGGUGUGCAGAGUGGAUUGGAAGCUUCAUUGUGCUACGAUGGCGACCGAACAAUCUAUUUGGUAGGCGGUGAGAUCCAAGAUGCCAUGGGCGAAAUCAUUAAGAGAAUGACACGCAUCGACAGUUUCAACAUUGAGACACUGGAAUUCAAACAUAUUGGUGACUUUAAAUAUCCUUCCUCGUUGGCAUUCGUCAUUCAUCACAACAACAUACUCUACCUCUUUGAUGGAUGCAUCUAUUUGGAAUUUCAAGACGGAGAACAGUUUGGCUGCUACUUCACCUACGACCUGGCGACCAAAGAAGAGAACACCAUUAAAAUGGGUACAACUAUGGAGUCAUUGGCAUAUGAUGGUGAGGGCAAUGUUUACAUAAUAUACAAGGACGACGGAAAAUUCUUUCACUACUCGAUAUUGACAAAAAUUGGCACUGAACUAAUGGCUCCACCACCAGCACCACAACACCAGGAGGAGGAGUUUGGUAGAAACCUAAUAUGGUACACACCUGAGAAGGGCACCAUUCUUUAUCUUCGAGGCAAAGGAAUGAACUGUAAAUACUCAACAAGACUCAAUCAAUGGACUGAACUCCAAGACGAUGAUCCACAAGAUGGUAUUACAAUCACUAAAUAUAUGAAUGGAAUGAGUUUGCAAAGUAGUCAAGGUGAUUGA